AUGCAGGGCUACCAGGAAAACGGCGAGUGGGAGCUACUGAAGUUCACCGUCGAGGAGAAAGUGACCAGCACUGAAAUAGACAAGGCGCAAUAUUCUUCUCUGCACAUUAAUUUCACGAUGAGGAGGCGACCCCUCUACGUGUUCAUGAGUACCAUUCUUCCAACUGUACUGCUUUCCUUCCUCAGCGCACUGGUGUUCAAACUACCAGCUGAGUCCGGGGAGAAGAUUGGGUAUUCAUUGACCGUGCUACUGUCCUAUGCCGUAUACUUAACGGUCAUCUCCUCUCACAUACCAGCAGCGUCGCUAACCAUCUCAAUUCUGUCUGUAUACACUGUGGUCGUGUUGAUAAUGGGAGUAGUUGCCGUCAUCUUAUCAAUUAUCGUUCUUGACUGCUACCACAAACACCCGGAUGAAGAAGUGACGGGAUGGAUACGAAACUGUGUCUUCGGCUGCAUGAUCAUUCUUAGUGGAUGGAAGCGAUCUGGUAAGCGCAUGAGGGAAAAAGCAAGUAGAGUGAGUGUCGCCCCAAUGGAUAGAAAAAGCAGCAAUCUUGGGGAUCUUUCUGUAUGUGAUUGGGAUAAAAGGAAUGUAGAGAAAGUGAGUGCAUGCAAGGCUACAGAUCCAGCUGCCUGA